AUGGCAAUGCAGCGUUCCCGCAUCCAAGUCACUUGGCCCGAGGUUGGAGAAAGAUUCGAAGCUACCUGCAUGUCCUCGAUUCCCAAUCGUAACGGUGAAGACAUCGGCAGAGGCGUUGUCGCGUUCGUUGUCAAUCCUGGACUCACCAGAUGGGGAAAUUCAAAUGGACAACAUUUUGAAGAGUAUCAUGAGAUUGAGCCGUCUCUGGUGCAACUUGAGCCUGCGCCGACCCAGCGUAAAGCUCCUGGCGGCCAUGUCAGUAUCAAGCGAGAACCGGAAAACACUUCUUGCAAUAUUUGA